CCGGCCCGCCCCCGGCUCUGCUCUCCCGAGGCGCUGGGCGCCGCGGCUGGCGGGCUCUCCCGGGCGCACACACAUCCACGCACGCACGCCCAGAGCAGCUCUCUGCGCGCGGCCCUCGCUCCCCUCGCCCAUGCAGACCUACCGAGCGCCGGAAGAUGGCUGACGACUCCGUGGGGCACCGAGGAUGCAGCCCGGCGUCGGCAGCGGCGGGAGCGGGAGCGGCAGCAGCGGCGGCGGCGGCACGGGCAGCGGCGGCAGUGGCGUUGGCGGUGGCGGCGGCGGAGGCUGGAGCGGCGGCGGCGGCAUCCCCGAGACUCUCCGAGCUACCUUUCCCUCUGACAGCCACUGACGUUCUCCGCCGCUAGACCGGACCCCGCUUCUCCAAGCGCCCGCGUUCCCCUCCCCGCCCCGGCCCCGCCAGCACCGCUACCUCCGCCAGCUUUGCCACCAUCAGCACCACCUCCACCUCUGCCACCACCACCACCACCACCACCACCGCCGGCGGCGGCAGCAGCCAUUUCAUCUCCACAGAAACCAGACACAAAAACAUGGCAGAAAUGGAGAAAGAAGGGAGACCUCCGGAAAAUAAAAGGAGCAGGAAACCGGCUCACCCAGUGAAAAGGGAGAUCAAUGAGGAAAUGAAGAACUUUGCAGAAAACACCAUGAAUGAACUCCUUGGCUGGUAUGGCUAUGAUAAAGUUGAGUUAAAAGAUGGUGAAGAUAUUGAAUUCAGGAGCUACCCUCCUGAUGGGGAGAGCCGGCAGCACAUUUCUGUUCUCAAAGAAAAUUCUUUGCCAAAACCAAAAUUAUCUGAGGACAGUGUUAUUUCACCAUACAAUAUAAGCACAGGCUAUUCAGGGCUUGCCACUGGAAAUGGACUCAGUGACUCACCUGCAGGGUCAAAGGACCAUGGCAAUGUGCCCAUUAUUGUACCUUUAAUUCCGCCACCUUUCAUAAAGCCACCAGCAGAAGAUGAUGUGUCAAAUGUACAAAUAAUGUGUGCCUGGUGCCAGAAAGUGGGAAUCAAGCGCUAUUCCCUGAGUAUGGGAAGCGAGGUGAAAAGCUUCUGCAGCGAGAAGUGCUUUGCGGCCUGCCGGAGAGCCUACUUCAAAAGAAACAAGGCUAGAGAUGAAGAUGGACAUGCUGAAAAUUUCCCCCAGCAGCACUAUGCUAAGGAAACUCCAAGGCUUGCCUUCAAGAAUAACUGCGAACUACUUGUAUGUGACUGGUGUAAGCAUAUAAGACAUACAAAAGAAUACCUGGAUUUUGGGGACGGGGAAAGAAGGCUUCAGUUCUGCAGUGCAAAAUGUCUCAAUCAAUACAAAAUGGACAUUUUCUACAAAGAGACACAGGCCAAUCUUCCAGCUGGGCUGUGCAGCACUUUACACCCUCCCAUAGAAAAUAAAGCAGAAGGCUCCGGGGUGCAGCUGCUCACUCCAGACUCUUGGAAUAUCCCGCUAACAGAUGCUCGGAGGAAGGCCCCCUCCCCGGUGGCUGCAGCUGGCCAAAGCCAAGGCCCUGGCCCAUCCGCUUCCACCACCGUCUCUCCAUCUGACACUGCCAACUGCUCUGUCGCUAAAAUCCCCACGCCAGUGCCCAAGUCCAUCCCCAUCAGCGAGACUACAAACAUCCCUCCUGUCUCUGUCCAGCCACCUGCUAGCAUCGGACCUCCGCUGGGCGUCCCGCCUCGCAGCCCUCCAAUGGUGAUGACCAACCGUGGCCCGGUCCCGCUGCCCAUCUUCAUGGAGCAGCAGAUCAUGCAGCAAAUCCGCCCACCCUUCAUCCGCGGGCCCCCGCACCACGCCUCCAACCCCAACAGCCCCUUGUCCAACCCCAUGCUCCCUGGCAUUGGGCCUCCACCUGGCGGCCCCAGGAACCUGGGCCCCACUUCCAGCCCCAUGCACCGGCCCAUGCUGUCGCCCCACAUCCACCCCCCAAGUACCCCCACGAUGCCUGGGAAUCCCCCCGGGCUGCUGCCCCCGCCUCCCCCGGGUGCCCCCUUGCCCAGUCUUCCCUUCCCUCCCGUAAGCAUGAUGCCAAACGGUCCGAUGCCGGUGCCCCAGAUGAUGAACUUUGGGCUGCCGUCCCUCGCCCCGCUGGUGCCGCCCCCCACGCUGCUUGUGCCGUACCCGGUGAUCGUGCCCCUGCCCGUGCCCAUCCCCAUCCCCAUCCCCAUCCCUCACGUCAACGAUUCCAAGCCCCCCAACGGAUUCUCCAGCAACGGGGAGAACUUCAUUCCGAGCGCCGCCGGCGACCCCUCGGCCGCAGGAGGCAAGCCGGCCGGACACUCCCUGUCGCCCCGGGACUCCAAGCAGGGCUCGUCCAAGUCCGCGGACUCGCCGCCGGGCUGCUCGGGCCAGGCGCUGGGCCUGGCGCCCUCCGAGCACGGCCGCGGCGACGUGGUGGACCUGACGCGGCGCGGGAGCAGCCCCCCGGGCGCGGGCGGCCAGCUGGGCUUCCCCGGCGUGCUGCACGGGCCGCAGGACGGCGUCAUCGACCUGACUGUGGGCCACCGGGCCCGGCUGCACAACGUGAUCCACCGCGCGCUGCACGCGCACGUCAAGGCCGAGCCGGGCCCCGAGGCGGCAGCCGCCUGCAACGUCAUCGUGAACGGCACGCGCGCCGCGGCCGAGGGCGCCAAGGGCUCGGAGCCGCCGCCGGAGCAGCCGCCGCCGCCGCCCGCGCCCAAGAAGCUGCUGUCGCCGGAGGAACCCGCGGUGAACGAGCUGGAGUCCGUCAAGGAGAACAACUGUGCUUCCAACUGCCACCUGGACGGGGAGGCGACCAAAAAGCUGAUGGGGGAGGAGGCCCUGGCGGGGGGCGACAAGUCGGACCCGAACCUCAAUAACCCUGCGGACGAGGAUCACGCCUAUGCUCUGCGGAUGCUGCCCAAGACCGGCUGCGUGAUCCAGCCUGUGCCAAAACCCGCGGAGAAGGCUGCCAUGGCGCCGUGCGUCAUCUCCUCGCCCAUGCUCAGCGCCGGCCCUGAGGACCUGGAGCCGCCGCUCAAACGGAGGUGCCUCCGAAUUAGAAAUCAGAAUAAGUAAAAGGAACGCUCACUCCCAGGGUACCUUGCAUGGAGAGAGGGCGCGAGCAAACCAUGUUAGCCAUCCAAUGACACCAGCUGGUCAGCUCACCACCCGCUCUGGCUAAAACUCAAGCAAAUACGCAGCUUCCUGUCAUUAAGCAUCUUGGAGGAAGCAUCCCUCCCUGGUGGCCUCUAGGCCAGAGAAGCCAGCACGUCUUUGGACCCAUCAAGCCAGGCCUCGCCUUCCUGCUGCCUCUAGCUCUGCUUCUCCCCAGAGGAACUUUGGGAUUUCGCCCCUAGUUUUCAAAAAAGAAAAACAACACAUCACAAGGACCAAUGUAGGUAUUCUUCCCACCCCAUCUUCAAGGCUCAGCGGCUGAGGCUGGAAGAUGAUACGGAUUGGAAAACAAGAAUCUUUUUUUAAUCUUUUUAAGAACUGCUGUGGUUUUGCUGCUACACUAAGAAUUGUGAUUUGCAUUGUAUGGUUUUGGAACUAUACUGUUCAUGUUUUGGUGGUGGGGAGGGAUGGUACUGGAGUCCCAAAACUUCAGAUUCAUCUCUGUCCAGCCCACGAUGCACUUUUAAAUGAAGAGGUAGAAUAUUUUAUUGGCUAAUAUACUUUUCAUGUUAUUUUUUACAAAGGCCACCUUUAUCCUUUUUGAUGCCAUAUUUUCAGUGUUACACUUUUAUGGCUUUUAAUUUUCGAUUUGACAGAUGUUAAAAAGCAGCAUGGAUAGUUUAUACUGUGGUUUUUCAGAGACUGAAUGCCAAGAGAACUUGGUAAAUGUUUAUUCUUCUCAGCUUUCUCUUGAAAUUCCCCUAAAUAGUGCCCCAUUUGGGAACAGAGCAAGAGUGUUGAACUGAAGACCAAAAUGCCCUCAAGGUGUAAAAUAAUCCGAGGGGGAAUAUUUGCUGGGCGUCAGGAAAGACUCGGAUGAAAUUUCAACCCUGAUGGUUUUCGGUGAUCCAGGAAGUCAGUGAGACAAUCUCUCUAUACGCAGAGCCCUUGCAGAGCCCUUUCAUGAUAAUUAGAAUGGUAUGGGCGAACCAAUGAAAACAAGAGGGAAAGUGAGAAAGAUCGCCCAGGAUUCUGUUUCGCUGUUUGCUUUCUCCUGUCAUGGUUAAGAGAAAUGUGCAAUUUGAUCCUCAAUCAGUGGGUGGAGGAUAACAGGGUAGAUUUACUUGUGUGCACUUGUACAGUUGUAGCUGCGAGUCCAGAAGUCCUCUAGAGCAUGUGUACUGGCAGGUGAGACAGUCGUGGAGUACCCCAGUCUGACGAGUACAGAAAAAAAGAAAAGAAAAGAAAAAGAAAAAAAUCAAAAAAAAAAGAAGAAAACUAAAAAAAAACAAAAAACAAAUCAAAUCACCUUGUGAUUCAGUGUAUCUGUUUACUAACUCAAAUAAAAGCAAUUGUUCCCUCUGGAGGGGUCUGGUACCCCACCCCUCCAUGCCAUGGAGCCUCAGCAGGAGGUGGCCACAGUGGGAGGGCAGGGCCAGGAUGGUUUCACCUCAGCCUUGCGGCACCGGGCCAUGGAUGCGUGUACAUACUGUAUUUCUAUAUUCUCCUUUGUACAGUCAACAAGUCAAGCUACUGUUUUACAGGUGCUCCUUAUUUAUUAGAGCCUUGAGAGCUUGAGGGACAAACCUGGCGAGCAAGCUCGCUUUUUAAAUGAAAUUUGGGGCUGGGGAAGGGAGGUGGGAGGGAGGAAAAGCUCACAAGCCUGGGGAGAGAUUUAUAAAAGUGAACAAAAGAAAAACAUCCCAAAACAAAUUAAACCAACCAACAACCUAACACCAAACCCACCCAUGCAGGAAGCUGCAGGCCCCUCUGGGUACUCAUUUUCCUACGUGGUCCAAACUCUCUCCAUGACUGGUGUCAAAUUCAUCAAACAAAAAUAAAUCUCUAAGAAGAACAAUGCACU